CAUCGCGGCUUUCUUUUCGCUAUCUUACCAACCUUUCUUAAUCUCUCCGAUUCAAUGGCCUCCUACCACCCCACCGUCACCACCACCGCACCACUCACCGAGCCACAUCUUUUUACAUCUCCAAUUACACCCCCUGAAUCCCCAGCGGCCCAGCCUGAGCAGCCCAAGUGGCCUGGUCGGCCCGGAUACAUCGUGUUCAGAUUGAUCGUGCCUGCUACGAAAGUUUGCUGCAUCAUUUGUAGAAAGGGAGAGGCUGUCAAGAAGCUCUGCGCGGAGACUCGUGCUCGUGUCAAUGUUCUUCAUGGGCCAGUCACAUCUGCUAAUCGCAUCGUGUUGAUAUCUAGUAAAGAAGAAGUAGAUGCUAUGUUAUGGCCCGCUAUGGUUGCGGUUAUAAGACUAUCCAGACGAAUAAAUGAAUUACCCGAGGGUGAUGAAGAUUAUAUUGAAUCAUCUGCUGUGUCUUGCUGUGUCCGUUUAUUGGUGCCUUCUGGACAUGCAUAUAGUCUGAUUGGUCGACAAGGGUUGACAGUCAAGUCGAUACAGGAGGCUAGUGGCGCCGCAAUACAGGUUUUCUCAAGAGAUGAAGUUCCAGCAUGUAAUAAUGAUCCAGAUGAGAAGGUUGUGGAAUUGGAAGGAGAAGCUAUCAAUGUUCUUAAAGCUCUUGAAUCUGUUGUUGGACACUUAAGAAAGUUUUUGGUGGAUCACAGUGUUCUUCCUUUAUUUGAGAAGAGUACUGAUAAUGCUGACAAGAUGACGCUGAACCCGACUACUCAAGCAGGAUCUGAUGGUAGUGAAUUCUCUCUUUCGGUAAAGCGGGAUGCACUAUAUGCUGAUCUCGAAAGGAAUCAGGACCCUGUAUCCUCUUUGUCUGGGUGGCCAUAUAAGGGACAAGCGGCUCGACUUCCAGGAAUAUCUUCUUUGGAGGUUGGACCUAUUAAUACUCAGGUAGCACAAACAACGCAAAUUCCGCUCAUGUAUGCCCAUGGCAUUAUUGGAGUGGAUGGAUCAAAUAUCGCAUACAUCCGGCGGUAUAGUGGUGCUACUAUUAAGGGGACACCAUCAGAGGUUGAGGUUGCUCAGCUACUUGUUCAGGAAUGUGUUAGCAAGCAGGACGAAGAUCUCCUCAGGAGCUAA